GGCUGCCCCUCCCCCCCCUCUUUCCUCGCCCUUCCCUUCCCUAUCGCGGCGCGCCACUCAGCUCAGGUCACUUUGACAAGCUCGCGCUCUCCUCUUCCUCUCCUCCUCCUCCUCCUCCUCUUCCUUCGCCGCGCAAUUAGCAUAUUAAUCAGCCCAGCGAUCGGAUUCCGAGUCGGUGGGAGCGCAGGGUCGUCUCGCGCACCGCCAGGCCAACGCAGCCCAGCCCUGGACUCGCCGACGAGCGGAGGGAGAAGCAGCUUUGGGCUGCCCCACUUACUGCGGUUGCUGUGCUUCCCGGCGGGGAGGCCCCACAAUCGGGGUCGGCCUUGCCCAGCGAUUGGGGUCUCUCUCAGAGCGGCGGAUGCCAGGACCCGCCGAGCGGGCACGUCGCACCUUUGCUGCGCCAGGCCGGGCAUGUGAAGAUGUCAGUAGGCUGUGCAUGCCCAGGCUGUUCCUCUAAGUCAUUCAAGCUGUACUCUCCAAAGGAGCCCCCAAACGGCAACGCCUUCACCCCCUUUCACUCAGGCACUAUGCUGGAUCGAGAUGUGGGACCAACUCCUAUGUAUCCACCAACAUACCUGGAGCCAGGGAUUGGGAGACACACACCGUAUGGAAACCAGACUGACUACAGAAUAUUUGAACUCAAUAAGCGGCUGCAAAACUGGACAGAGGAAUGUGACAAUCUGUGGUGGGAUGCCUUCACCACUGAGUUUUUUGAGGAUGAUGCCAUGUUAACAAUCACCUUCUGUCUGGAAGAUGGACCAAAGAGAUACACAAUCGGCCGUACCCUAAUUCCUCGCUACUUCCGCAGUAUCUUUGAGGGGGGCGCUACUGAGCUGUAUUAUGUUCUGAAGCACCCAAAGGAAUCCUUCCAUAACAACUUUGUUUCACUUGAUUGUGAUCAAUGUACUAUGGUCACUCAGCAUGGCAAGCCCAUGUUCACCCAGGUAUCUGUGGAGGGCCGCCUCUACUUGGAAUUCAUGUUUGAUGACAUGAUGAGGAUAAAGACAUGGCACUUCAGUGUCCGGCAGCAUCGGGAACUUAUUCCCCGUAGCAUCCUUGCUAUGCAUGUAAGUUCAGAGGCGCAAGAUCCCCAGAUGUUGGACCAAUUGUCCAAAAAUAUUACUCGAUGUGGACUUUCAAACUCCACACUCAACUACCUCCGACUGUGCGUAAUCCUAGAACCAAUGCAGGAGUUGAUGUCUCGACACAAGACCUACAGUCUCAGUCCUCGGGAUUGCCUCAAGACGUGCUUAUUCCAGAAGUGGCAACGUAUGGUGGCGCCACCUGCUGAACCUGCACGUCAGCAGCCUAGUAAGCGCCGGAAAAGGAAGAUGUCUGGAGGUAGCACCAUGAGUUCCGGCGGAGGCAAUACCAACAAUAGCAACAGCAAAAAGAAGAGUCCAGCCAGCACCUUUGCCCUCUCCAGUCAGGAUGUGAUGGUGGUGGGCGAGCCAACCCUGAUGGGUGGGGAGUUUGGUGACGAAGAUGAGCGCCUUAUCACUCGGCUGGAGAACACACAGUUUGACGCUGCCAAUGGCAUUGAUGAUGAGGACAGCUUCAACAACUCUCCUGCAUUGGGUGCCAACAGUCCCUGGAACAGCAAGCCCCCUUCCAGUCAGGAGAGCAAGUCUGAGAAUCCGACGUCGCAAGCAUCACAAUAAAGCCCCCAAAACAGUGCCCAGCCAGGCCUAUACGUGACUUGGCUGGUGCUCCACGGACUGAGUCGAAACCAUUCUACCUGGACAAUUGUGAAGAAGAGUGGCUGGCCAACAAGGUGUCAAGGUCUAUGAGCACUGCAGCGCCUGCCUGUCUACAGUUAACCUGGCCACGAUUCCCUGCUGCCUGCACUCUUGGUUGUCUCCUUUAGGGCAGAAUUGGAACAGUGGGCUUUUAGUCCCAGCAGAAUUUUAAUUCCUUCUCCUUCCCCGUCCAUGCAUCCAGCGCCCUGGAUACCACAAGCAACACUGUUAGGGAGUGGUAUUCAUAGCAGACCCUUAGAGCCUCAAGUCCAUUUGGUGGAUCAGCAUGAAGUACCUUGGGAAGAGGCCACAGGACUGAUUACUUAAGAUGGGCAGGAAAAAUCUGGUCUAAGGCGCCUUUUAUCAUUCAGUUUCCUAUAAGGGGCAUCAAGAAGGCUCCAUUUUAGCAGGAGAGUCUUAGAGUCUUGUGGACAAUGUCAUGACUCACGUUGGGGCAGCUAUGAUUUUUGUGGGUUGAAUUUUAAGCAGUUCAUCUUGACUGUCUUAGAGAUGGCAGAGCAGUAAUUCUGUUUUGCCUGAAGAUCCCAGAAAGCCAAUAUGGCAGGAGAUUAUGUAGGGUUUUAAAAUUUUCUGGAAUACAUUAGAAAAAUAUUCUGCAGUUAUCUGGAAGGGAACUUGACCUUUUGGUCAAUCUUCAGGCGUGGGCUGUUUUGCCCCAACCUGCUCUUAAAGGAAAUUGCAGUCCUCAUACAUACCCUGCCCUCAGUAUUUUGGGCUUUUUUAAAGAAAUAAAAUAAAAUUGUAAGUUUUAAAAAAAUCUGCCCUCCCUCCCUAUUUCCCCCCAAUCCUGAUUUUUGUACAGGCUUGUCUACUAAUUGGGAGUCUUAGUUUUUGUAUACAGUUCUGAGAGCUUCAAACCAAGGAGAGACUUUGCAAACUUCCUUUAUACACUCCUUUGAGGACAGCAUGGCUGCCUCCACUCCCCCCACCCCCUGGUGUAAUUUGUGUGUGCUUCUGUUCCUGCUCCACCCUCCUCUACCAUAUCCUUCCCCUUUUCAAAUUUGUGUACCUUGUGCUUGUAUAUUUCUGCGCUGUAUGCUGUGUGUAUGAUGCUGUUCUUUCACUGUGUUCUCACUAAGGCUGCCACUCCCAUUACCAUUGGUGGUGGGGGAGGAGUUGAUUGUGAUGGGUGUCCUUCUUGGGAGGCAGUAGAGUUCAGAGGGUACUGUCACCAAUUUACAGCAGUGCAGAACCACAGGAAUGGGGCUGUGGCAUCUGGGGAAGCAAUAUAUCCAUGUUUUGCAAAGAGAAUAUAAUUAUUUCUUCUCUUUAUGGAACAGUCUCUAGGAAACCAUUGCCCAGCCAGACACAUUCAUUUUUAUUUGAAAUACUGGUACUAAAUCCCCAAGGAAACAAACCCAUCUACUUUCCUUUCUAACUUCCAAUGUUCUUCCUUAAAGCCUAGGUUUAUCCUGUACAUCUUGGACAAAAAAAAAGAUGCUUUAUUAGUCACAGAGGCCUCAAAGUUGCCACAAGCGAGGCAUGGUUUUUCACUUUGGAGAAGAGUGCAAAAUACCUUUAAGAUAUUUUGGCCACCUGAUGACCUAGACCACGGGUGUCAAACUCCACCGCGUCAUGUGCCGUAUCACGAUGUUUUUUGCCUUUGUGAAGCCAGGGUGGGCGUGGCCUGCACAUGAUGCAUCCGGCCCACAGGCUAGCACUUUGAUACCCCUGGCCUAGACUGAUUGUGAGGGUGAUUGCAAAGGCUGCACUGUCAUGGCACAAUACUCUUUUACCUUGCUUAGGGUAUUUCUUCGAGAGAAUUUCUACCUGCAAAGAUUCCUCCCCCUCCCCCGCUUUGCAGCAUUAUUGUCAUCAGUUUUCCUAGAGCUGCUAGUUUUGUCUAGUGCCAUGAGAAGAAUUUCCUUUCAAGUCAUGCUCUGGAAUCCUAGAUAUUCUCUACUCUGAUGGAACCCAAUUGGAUGAACCUGAGAUAUAUUCAUGGCAGUUUGGUCACUUUUGUAUUACUGGGCCCAGGUCCUCCCCUGCCGGCAGGUAAUUAUAGCAGCUAGUAGUGUAAAUUACAAAGGAUUGGGUUUUUUCCCAUAUCUGUUUCCUACUUCAAAAUAAGAGUAUCACAUUUCUCUACUGCUGUGGCUCGGCAUGUAGUGAUGACGUGUACUCUAUCACCUCUCUCCACUUUGUCCCUUUCCACUUCCCUGGGGCACUGUAAAGCUUUUUUUUUUUUUUGCAUAGUUUGUGCCAUUUAUGGUCAUGUAUGGUACCAAUAAAACAACUUUUCGGUUUGGUGCUCUCCUUCCAGUUUCAUUUCUCAUCUGGAUAUUGAGAAACGGGAAAUCUGUUCUUACGUGCAGGUUCUAGUCAUCAGAAUUCUGUGAUUUAGGCUGAGGUAAACAGCUGAUACGAUGGAAUUCAAGGGCUAACACUUGUUCUCUGCUGCCAGCAUUUCCCAGUUUUAAAUUUUCCAGUUCCCUUUCUAUUUCUAAAUAACUGCGUGCUGAUAUAAAGCAUUCUGGAAUCUGUGCACCAAGCAACUGAGAAAUCUUGAGUACAUCUAAAGAUAACAGAAAAAUUUCUGCAGCUGAAGAACAAGUGUUCUUGUGUUGAAAGGGGAAAGAAAUAUCACAGAGAAGCCUGAGCCAUGCCUUUCCUACAUUAGCAGGCAGCCAGGCAGUUUGCAGUACCAAUACGGUUGUAUGGUCAACCUUUGAUUAACAGAAAAUAGAGCAAACAAGUUUGAUAGAAAGCAUGGAAAACGAGCUGGUUUGAUAGUUGGAACAUUUUAUCUCCAACAGUGGAGUCCCUUUAUUAUUAAUUCAAUCUACAAUCACCCCUGUCACAUUGGGUAAGGAGGUGGGGAGAAAAGCUAGCCAUGUGCCUAGUAUUGGCAAUGCAUGAAAAGAGAAAGAAUGAUACCUGAAAUAUUUCUGCCUCACUAGCCAAGGGAACUUUAGCGUUAUAUUUAGCCUGCAUCUUCCCUUCCUCCAUUUUGUAAGAUGUUAAUACCUGUGUCUUUCAAAACUAUUGUAAUCUUAUGCCAUAUUUCAUUCUUUGAACCAAACUUUGCAACAUUAAAGAGACACAAGGCUUUGGCUACUCUUUUGCUUCUUCUCUCCAUGUAAUUUUUUUUAAAAUGUGGGAAAUAUAUUUUAGGAAGCAAUUAACAACUUCUGUGUAUAGCCUUUUUACUACUUAAGCCCAUCCUGAACCCAUCAUAAACUUUUAAACAACAGAGGAACAAAUGUGCUUCCAGAAACUUGACACAUUUCAUCUUAAACAUUUAGCUGAUAGAGCUACGGUCACAUCCCAAUUAUUUUCCUACCAGAAUGAUUCUUGUGGAAAGAGAAAAUGUAUCUCUGAUAUUCCGAUAUGAGUUGGAUUCUCAGCCUUAUCUUCUGUCCCAUUAGUAGAAAUGGUAGGCUUAGCAGUAGAAAAAAGCUGUCAUUGGUGGAGAUUAUGUCCAUAUGGCUGAGGAGGCAAGGAGACAACUUUUAUUUUUGUUAUUAAACUUGAAUAAUAUAACAAUAAGAUUGAUAACAUUAAAUGGGGCUAAAAAGGAAUGCAAAGUAAGUUUAAAAAUGUCAGUUCAAAUUGUUCCUAGUAAGGUUUUGGGGGGACAAAAUUUGGUAAUAUCGUAAAACAGAGCAUCACUCCAUAAUAAGUUUGUGAUGACAAACAAGGUUGGCAAUAAAGAAGAACAUAGAAUUGCUGUAUAGAGGAUACCACCAUAUUUCUAAUAAAAGCAUUUUAUUUUCCCCAAAAAGCAGGAGAACAAGUGUACCAAUCAGUCAUUAAACAAACAUAGCUAAAAGAGCUUGGAUAAGAGGUUUAAGGCAGAAUCAAGCCUUAUAGAAUCAAGCCUUGCUCAUGUUUUAAAGCAAUAUCAAGAACAUUAUCGGUUACAACCAAAACAAAA